AUGGACAAGAACAGUCGCUUGUUCGAAGACAAGAAGGGAGACUGGACUGCUUUUGUCUGGCGUGUUGAGGUACCAGAUACGGCAAGAUGGCCGUACUGGCAUUACAAGGAUGGUCAGCACGUCUUUGUGUCUGGCCCUCUGGAGAAGGGGAUAGAUGGUGUCUACUGCAUCAACAUGCAGUCAAUGCAUGCUGUUGGCACCUUCUCUUCUUCCGCUGCCUCCUCUUCCCCGUACUGCGCUACCCCUGUCUGCCAGCGCCCCAAAGUUGCCUUCCCUCAUGAGCCUCCAGUUGAAUCUUCCCCUGGCCCCACCAAGCAAUCCGGAAAGUAG